AAUAUACUUUCCAUUUGUAUGUGAAACAUGGCGGAGUGUAAGGUUGCAUUAAGCCUUCGUGUUUGAUAUUAAGUUUGUACUAUGCAGCUAAUGUGUAUAUGAUUAUAUUAAAUAUUUCAAUAGUGUAAUAUAUAUAUCUAUAUAUAUAUUGUGUCUAUAAAUUGAUGUAGUGGAAAGACUUUACAAAGUUGCUAUAUUCUCUAUAGUGAUAACGUAUCAAGUAAUACUAGGCAGCUUAGUGAAAAUAUGGAAGGCCAGUCUGUAGAAAACAAUACAGAGGAAUCUGCAGCUACCACCACCACUACCAAACCGACUAUUAAAAUACAUUGUCCUGUAUUAAAAGCUUCGAAAUUUGGAAAUUCAUUUGGAGUUAAUGAAUUUUCCAGUAAGCCAAGAUCAACAAUAUUAAGGCCUUCGCAAUUAGGUUCAGUUGCGAAUAAUACGUCGUCGUCUACAAAUAAAACUACAAUAUUACAAUCUCCAAAACUAAAUAAUGUAUUAACAAAGUCAACUGAUGAACCUAUAACUAAUGAUAAUAAUUCAACAACGGAAAACGAUAUAAAUGAAACGAAAGAAACUAAAACUGAAAAAAAACAAGCUGAAGAAAAACAAACUGAAGAAAUAGUACCCAAAUUUUUACCAUUAUGUGGAAACACAAAAGAUAACGAGAAUAAUGUAAAUAAUACAGUUGAACCUAGUGCUUCAGAGCCUAGUUUCAUAUUUGGUCAAAAUUUAAAAGAAAGAGUAACUGUUGCCAAUGAUGUAGAAGAAACUGAGAAAGUAGAGAAAGAAGAAACCAAGAAAGAGGAAACUAAUGAAAACGGUUCUUCAGAAUUACUUUUCUCAAAUGCAGCAACUGUUUGUCGUUCAGCUAGUCGUCCUGGUUUAACAUUAUCACAGGCAGCACAAGAACUUGAAGAAGCAAGUCGAGCAAAUAAAAGAAAAUAUAAUGAAGUAACGUUGUUAACUGGAGAAGAAGGAGAGACAAAUGUUCUUCAGAUAAAUUGUAAACUCUUUGCUUUUGAUAAGGCUUCCAGUAGUUGGCAAGAAAGAGGUAGAGGAACUCUUCGAUUAAAUGAUAGAGAUGAGGAGUCACGUUUGGUAGGACGUACGGUUGGAACACAACGAUUGAUUCUCAAUACUAAAGUUUGGCCUGGCAUGACCGCGGAACGAGCAUCUCCAAAAUCAUUGAGACUUACUGCAAUGGAUGUACACGGAGACAUAAGAAUUUUUAUUGUUCAAGCAAUACCCAAAGAAAUUGAACUGUUACAUACUUUAUUGCUACAAAGAAUUAAGCGUGCUCAAGAACGGCAACCUAAGAAACGCGCAACUGAACAACACUGACGGUUGAUCGAUUGUAUCAAUAAAGUGUUACCCCUAUACAAUUAACUUGUAAAAAAAAAAAAAAAAAAAA